UUCUCAUUUGAUUCAUCUCUAUAAAACAGUUCAGAGCGGAACAGAACAGACAGCAAACACACAGACAGGGAAAGAUGCUCAUGAAGAAGGGAUUUCUGGUGCAAAAAGGAUGCAGCCGGUGUUCUGGAGCCGUGAGGAUGUGUGUCAGUGGCUGCGCUGGGCCGAGAGAGAGUUCGCUCUGCGGCCGAUAUCCAGCACCAGCUUCCAGAUGAACGGGAAAGCCCUGCUGCUGCUCACCAAAGAGGACUACAGAUACCGCUCUCCUCACUCAGGUGAUGUUCUGUACGAGCUCCUGCAGCACAUUCUGAAGCAGAGGAAGCCUCAGUCGCUCUCAUCUCCGUUCUUUCCCAUCGGCUCCUUCCACACGCUGACCGACGCGCCGCUGCAGACGCACAAACUCGAAGAAACGGUACGCCGGCCGUCGCGCGCCACAGACACUCAUUCCCUGCAGCCGCCCACCAUCGAGCUGCGCCAUCGCUCACGGUCGCCUCAUCACCUGCCCACGGCACUGCGCUCGGCCGAGGACCUCCAGCAGGCGUCCUCACAGCUACCCGACAGCAACCACCAUCUGCUGGAGGACGUGUACCCGCUGUCUGUGUCUCCAGGCGCGGCUAACGGCCACUGCAUGCUUCCCCGCGACCCCCCGCGGCCCGCCAGCCCGUGUCAGGAGGAGGCGGCUCCGCCACGCGUCAUCCAGCUCAUGCCCAGCGCCAUCAUGCACCCGCUGCUGAGUCCGGGCCGCGGGCACACACCGGGGGAUUUCAGGCACGGCCGCGGCACGCCUCAGGAAAACGGCCGCGAGGGCAAAGGUCAACAGCACAAUGCCGUUCACUACGCCUCACACAGCUUAAACCUCGCGGCCCAUCAGCUCCCCCUGCAGGACGAGCGCCACUACCGCAACCACAUCAUCAUGCCCGAGGAGCAGGCCACACCCCUGGGCCGCAUCGCAGACUGCAGGCUCCUGUGGGACUACGUCUAUCAGCUGCUGUCGGACAGUCGCUACGAAAACUACAUCCGCUGGGAGGACCGCGAUACCAAAGUCUUCCGCAUCAUGGAUCCCAACGGCCUGGCCCGCCUGUGGGGGAACCAUAAGAACAGGACCAACAUGACGUAUGAGAAGAUGUCGCGGGCGCUGAGACACUACUACAAACUCAACAUCAUCAAGAAGGAGCCGGGACAGAGACUGCUGUUCAGGUUCAUUAAGACCCUAAAGAAUCAUAUCGUCCUCAUUUAG